AUGAAUUUCGAGCUUCCCUCGGCGCUUAAAACCCAUAUAGAAUCGCUUGAUUCAUUUAUCAAUUCAACUAUAUUGCCCCUGCAGCAUGCCAACGAUAACAAUCGAUUCUUCGAUCACCGUCGUGAAUACGCUCGAACCGACUGGGAAAACAAUGGGAACCCACGACCGGAGUGGGAAGAGUUGUUAGGUGAGGCACGCAACCGAGCGGAUGCCGCUGGUUUCUACCGAUUCGCCUUGCCUAAAGUAUACGGUGGUCAGUCCCGUCCAGACACCAACCUAUGGAUGUCAGCGAUUCGUUAUCACCUCAGCUCGCACCCUGUAUACGGCGGUGGCCUAGGCCUAGCCAACGACCUCCAAAACGAGCAUAGCAUCGUAGGAAAUUUCCCAGACGUAUUAAUGCUCCAUCAUUUCGGUGACGAAGAGCAAAGAAAAACCCUCAUUCCAGCGCGUCUCAAAGGAACCUUUCGAACGACAUUCGGCCUAACAGAGCCCGAUCAUGGAAGUGACGCAACGUACAUGUCCACCACAGCCCGCCAGACCCGAGGCGGAUUUGAAAUCACGGGGACAAAGAAAUGGCAGACAGGUGCACAUCACUGCACCCAUUUCCUCAUUUUCGCCCGAACUUCAGGCCAGCCGGGAUCUGCACGGGGCAUCACUGCUUUCCUUGUUCCCCGUGACACGACAGGACUGCGUAUAGUUAGCUACGAAUGGACUCUGAAUAUGCCUACCGACCACGCAACUGUCCAGCUAGACCAGGUGUGGGUGCCCGAGUCGGCGGUGUUGGGAUCUCUAGACCAGGGACUUGCCAUUGCGCAGACCUUUGUGCAUGAGAAUAGGAUUCGUCAAGCGGCCAGUUCGUGUGGGGCUGCGCGGUACUGCCUUGAUCGUAGUAUUGAGCGUGCUCGGUCACGCAAUAUAUGGGGUGUGGGAAAGACUCUGGCUGAUAAUCAGGCCAUUCAAUUUCCAGUUGUUGAGCUUAUGACUCAGGUUGAGAUGCUGCGUCUGUUCAUUCUCAAAACAAGCUGGGAAAUGGACCGCGUUGUGGCUGAGUCUCAGUCAUCGGGGAAGCGGCCGUGGGUUGAGAUUGAGCGCCGACUGAGUGAUCAAGUGGCCAUGUGUAACUUCUGGGCAAACCGACUGUGCUGUCAAGCUGCCGAUAGGGCCAUUCAGAUUCAUGGGGGCGAUGGGUACUCUCGCCACUAUCCUUUCGAGCAUAUUUAUCGCCAUUUCCGUCGGUAUCGAAUCACUGAAGGGGCCGAGGAGAUCCAGAUGCGGAAAAUUGGCGCGUACAUCUUUGGAUUUGCAGGUCCGAAGAAAGACGCGGCUGCUGCGUCGCAGUCCAAGGCUAAGAUCUGA